CAGUGCAAAUAAAGCGAGAUAACGGGCCGUGGACAGCGGGCUAAAACAUUUUAUUCUGACAUGUUAGAGCAAUGACUUUCGUGUAACUAUAAUCCUGGGACCGGGAUCCCAGCAAAGGAAUAGGGUCUGUGCUGGAAGAAGAGAGAGAAGUGCUCAUUUUCGGGGUGUGGAAAACCGGACGGCGCAUUCACAGUAGACUCGGAACAAGUCAACGAAGUUAGCGCUUUCCAAAAGUAACAGUGGAAGAGUAAAAGUUACAACAUGAGCUUGUUGUCUGCCAUAGACAGCAGUACCUCAGUGUACCAACCUGCACAGCUUCUGAACUGGGUUUACCUUUCUUUACAAGACACACAUCAGACGAGUGCCUUCGAUGCCUUCCGACCCGAGCCCAACUCUUCCCACCCGGACCUGAACUACAGCAAAACUCCUGCCAAUGACCUGAGCUCUCACAACUCCAACUAUCUCAAUAAUUUCUUUCAGCUGCAGAGGAAUGAGGCCCUGAAUAAUGGUUUAUACAAAAGUGUUUCCCCAUAUGGCUCACUUAACAACAUAGUGGAUGGCCUGAAUUCUCUAACGGACCACUUCUCCGACCUCUCCCUGUCCUCUGAGCCACGCAAACCCAGCAAGAGACCUCCACCAAACUACCUGUGCCAUCUCUGCUUUAACAAGGGACACUAUAUCAAAGAUUGCCCUCAGGCCAGACCCAAAGGUGAAGGACUGACUCCAUACCAGGGAAAGAAGAGGUGUUUUGGCGAAUACAAGUGCCCUAAAUGCAAGAGGAAGUGGAUGAGUGGGAACUCCUGGGCUAACAUGGGACAAGAAUGCAUCAAAUGCCACAUCAAUGUGUAUCCUCAUAAACAGCGUCCUUUAGAAAAACCCGAUGGCCUGGACGUUUCUGACCAGAGUAAGGAACACCCGCAACAUUUGUGUGAGAAGUGUAAAGUCCUGGGCUACUACUGCCGCCGUGUGCAAUAAGGAGGUUCUCUGAAGUACCCAUCAUCUCCUUCCUUCCUCUAACCCCCUUUCCGUUCGCUUUCCCUGCCAAGUGCUCCAAGAAAAAAGUGAAAAAUGCCAAAAUAUUAAUGUAAAUAUCUCUAAUGAUAGUAACGGCUUUGUUUAUCAGCAGCAUGCAACACAUUACAUUUUCAUAUGUGUAUAAUGGACGAUUGAAAAUGUUUGGAACAGUUGUCACUGACAGUAUUUCUAUCCAUACAGGACGCAAUGGAUUACCUCAUCAUUGCGUCCCCUGAUUGUGUGUUUACAGACUUUCCUUUCAUUCUCCCUGCCAAGUGAACUAUGUGGAUGUGCCGAGCGAUAAAGGUGUUAAAUUAGUUCACUUAAACAAGGGCCCAGUGUGCCUUUGCAGAGUUUUUUUGGGGUCAAUAGCACAUCAUAUUAACUGUGAAUUAACAGAGGGAUAAUGGAUUUUCCAUCCCUAGCUUUUAUGUCACAUAUUUAUUUGUUAUGUUUGUAUAUCGUAUCGUAGUGCAAUGGAAUUUACGAAACUGGGAUAAUCACAUCUGUGUUUAUAUGUAGGCAGAUAUUGUCUAACCCCGUCUCUUGCCAUUAGAAACUACUGUAGAAUAGACUUUUCGAAUGCUUCGAUUUAGCUGCGUCAGGUAGUUUAUAUCUUUCACACAUAUGAAUGAAUUGCCAAAUGCUAGAUAAUUUUGUGAAGCUGGCUAUAUGUAGCCCUGGAGGCACACAAAACAUUUUCAUGGAGUUGUUGGCAACUAUGCAAAACCAUAACAACUUAUGCAGUCAUUUAUUCCUUUAUGUUGUCAUACUGUUGCUAAGUUGUGUGUGGAUGUUAAAAACAAAGCCAUGGCUAGCUGAUGUGCGGAACUGCCAUUAUCAUCCUUUAAAAAAUGUGAUCAUGUAGGUUGUAAAUUGUUGCCAGAGAACUGAUUCAGUCAUCUUAGAAACCCAGGUAAAGGUUUUUCAUUUUUUGGUACAUGGGUCAAGCGUUGUGCUUUUCUAAAAUGUGCUACCAUUUAAAAAUGGUUAGAAAAUGGUUCCUUUACAUAACACCUGUUUUGACUGAGUUACAAGUAUUUGCCUCAGGAUAGGGAGUGUAUUUGCAUUACACAUCUCAUAUGGACCAUUUUAUAUGAACACUGCUCUGGAAAAAGGUUGUAUGUAAAUUCAGGCCUUACUAUAUAGGCAGGUGUACAACCUUUAUAUCUUUACAAUAUGUGGUAUGCAAACCUUAAAAUGAUUCAUUCACAACCAUUAAUUUGACCACAGACCCUUGCACUAAAAUGUUUAGUUAACUAAUUAACAAGCAUUCUGAAUGUGCAUCAGCAUAUUUGAGAAAUAAAACCUAGAAUAAAACAUAAGACUUUUUUCAUCCAUGGAACACAGAAGGAAAUGUUAAAAUGACAGUCUCAGUCACCAUUCACUUUCAUUGAAUGAACAAUACAGAUGCAAUGAAAGCAAAUGGUGACUGAGGCUAACAUUCUACCUAAUAUCUCCUUUUGUGUUCCACAGAAGAAAGAAAGUCACAUGGGUUUUGAUUAAAUUGAAGUAAAUUUUUGGGUAAACUAUCCCUUUAAGCAUUGCCCAACACAACAUAAGCACAUGUCUAUGCAUUAGUUGCAAACAUAACUUUUGACUGACAAUAGAUGAAUUACAUCCUGUCGUAACUGUGAUUUUUGGAAAAGAAUUUCUAUCUUGGUGGACAAUACAUGCUUGUAAAUGGAAAAGAAAGAUAAAGUAAGUAAAACUGAAGAGUCUUUGGAGAUGUAAUCUGUAAUAUUUGGGUAAAUUUCAUUGGUCAGAAGACAUAUUAGGGAGACAGAAGUAUUUGAGAGCAUUAUGAAGGGAGUACAUUAACAUUUGGAUGAAAGGAAGUGUGUAAAGGAUAAAACAGCUUGCAUAAGCACCGUUUACCUCUUCUUAUGACUUACAUGAAGUAUUAAUUGGUCAUAUUUGACUGUGACCCAGGAUCAUCUAAUAUUAAAUGUUGCUUUACAUAUUUGGAAAGUAAAAUAUAGACGGACAUUGUGAGAACUUUUCUAAUUGAGGUCACUGCUUUGUAAAUCUAAGAUGUACAUAUAAAGUUGAACGCAUUUACAUGGUAAAUACAAUGUGUACAAUUGUUUACUUAACUUUGGAGUCCACAUAUUUUGUGUUGUCUGAAUAUUUGUUAAUGUUUCAUUCCUAGGGAAAAAACUCAGUUUGAUAUUAAUCUUGUCAGAAGGGAACGUCUAGUGCCUUAGUUGAGUAACACAGCUUGGUCAUGAAAAGUUUGGAUUUUCGGUAGGUGAUGUCAUGUCUGAUGCUGUGGAAGAAGAGUAUGGAUUGGAUGGCUGAAAAUGUAAACCAGCUAAUUAUUCUUCUUGCUUUAGUAAUGAUUUGGAGACAUUACUUUUUGAUUUUGCCAUUUUGAUGGUACAUUCAAUCAAACAAUCAUCCACUUGCAAGGAGUAGAUUGUUAGAUCACUGUUGAAUAAAAAUCAAGGCUGUCUGUAAGUUGACGCGACUUUAUUCUCAGUACGCCAUCAUUGUUUCUAAGUAACUGUCAUUUUCACAAUGUUCUGAUGUCUCCACUGUGCGUACAUUCUUACAUGCCAAGGUUUACUUCAAGCCUCAUUUAGGCUGGAAUGAGUUACUCUACUUUUUGAUAAACACCAUAAUGAAUGGUGUAAAGAAUAUAACCAGUGAAAUGAAUGAGUGCCCAUAGCUGACAUUUUACUUGUAAUGUUUCCUUGCAUCUUUGGAUCAAUUUCAUUCAUUUUCAUUUCUGUAAACAUGAAUAGAUGAUCUAAUGCGCAACUAAGGCCACAUAAUAAAACAUGCUUUAUUAGUUCCAAAUAGUUGCAUUGCACUAUAUACAAAGACAGUACCAAGAUUUCCUCAUUGACUUAAUGAUAACAGGCCUGAGUUUUGCAAAUGUUGAAGACAUAUUUAGGAAAAUUGUAUUAUAUUUGUUGGGAGCUUCCCCUGAUUUAGUGUCCUAGUAGGUUUUUUUUGUCUCUGCUUUAUUGAACGAAAGGCAGAGCUUGUGGUAUUGACAAAGCGUACAUGCAUUUAAAACUAUACAAAGUGCUUUUUUUGCGCUUGUGUUUGUCUUGAAAUACAUAUACUUGACUUUUAUAGUUCACUUUCAGUAUAAUCAUGUUAUUUUCUAUUAAAGGUAUGUGUAUUUUGGAAACUAUAGACAAUGAAGAUUUUGAAGCAAUUUGUUAUCCUGACAAGAUUUAUUUUUCCCUUACAAAGAUAUCAGUAUGUGUUUUGUGUAUAUAUUCGAUUGCCAUCAUUGCCAAGUAAGCUCUUUCAAAAUGUUAUGAUGCAAUAUUAAAACUUUUUAUGUGAAAAAGGGCAAAUUGCUGAGAUACAAAAGAGCUGGGAGUUUUUUUGUUAUCUUCUUUUGUUGUUUUGCUGUUAUGUUUUACAGUAAUCUUUGGUUAUAUCCUACAGAUAUACAUAUUUAUGGAAGGAUUUAUUCUUUUUUUUAACAAUUCAAAUUAUUAUUUUUUUUUGUAUAAAAUAUGCAACAAAAUCUACACUAUGAAGAAAAUAUUGAUGGCUACAUAGAAUAUUAUUCAAAAGAUGGUACACAAUUAUUAUGCCCUUACAAGCCAUUUUAUUUGUGUUUUGUUGUUAUAGAUGUUAUUGGUAUAUAGUAGCCUUGCCUGUUACAAGCAUACAUGUGUGUUUAGAAUUGUUGUGUGCUAUACAGCAUGAAUGUUUUGCAUUGCAGUUAUAGGAAAGUUGUAACACUUUUGUUCUAACAUUGUAGAAACAUAAUAGAGACUGACUCACACACUGUAAGUCAUAGGGCCUUUUUUACUGAGAUGUUUAUUAUAAGCAAAAGAGUGGCAUAAAGAGCAAAAGAUGUGACUAACUCCAGUCAUUGACCAUGUAACUGAAUUGCUUUUACAUCAAUUAAAUGUUUUAGUAAAUUAGGCCCAUACUGUAUGAAACUGUGAGCUCUAAUUAGCCAUAGUCCUCAGUUACUGCCAAGUCCAGGAAUGAUGUUGAAAUGUUUUUCUAAUAUGUAAAAUUUUCAAACAAGUGUGUGGGACUGAAGUUUGCAUGUGCAUGUUUUUCCAAAUGAUUCAAGAAACAUAAUUUGUACAAUGUAUUUUUAUUUAAUAUUAAUACAUUUUUAAUUCUUGGCAAGAUAUCUUUUGUAGAAUACAUCUCUCCAAUCGUUAGUCAUUAAUAAAUGUCUUUAUUCACUACUAGGAUUUCCAGUAACAUUAAUAAAGUUACUGAAUGUACUGAUUUAACUUUCAUGUGACAAAUUAGAAAUUCAUGUUUAUAAUGUCUGUAUAUUUGUCAUCAUAUUGAUCAUAUUGUAUUGGACAGAGUAACAAAGGAUUGAAGGAGGAAUGUAUUAGAAUGUGAAGAGAGAUCAAAAUCUGUUGCUCAUUGUCCAUGAAAUGGCAUUCCGAUAUGUGCCUUAUUUGUUAGUUAGGAAAACUGAAGACUGUGCUUUUAGAAGUUUGUUCAAUUAAAACAUUGACUC